ACGUGUUAUUAACUCUCCGAAAAUGAAGUGUUAAGAAUAAGAGCAAGUGGUUGUUCUCAUGUUUGAUCAUGGCCUCCGUAUGGAUGCUUGCACUUCUGAAAACUCUGUCUCCACUCACUAUGAUGGGAGGGAUUAACUGAUUCUUGGGUCGAUGCAAAUUUCGCCUUUUUUCGCAUUAAAAACCACUGUUGAGUGUUGAUCUAUCAAAAGUUUCGCGCAAGUGGGAUUUGCUUUAAUAAAAUUUUCUUCUUGGAUUGGGUAUUAACGCCUCUGUUUUAGCUAUGAAUCGAAAAUGAUGAAUAGUCCUUGUGUUCAGUUCUGGUCACGUGGUUUCAUUAAAGUUUAUCACCCCUCUUUCUUGGGGCGUGCGUGUACAAAUUUUGUUAACGAGUGGCUCAGAAUUCUCUCACUCGUAUUUCUGAGUCUUAUUGGUGCACAGUGGUAGUAGCUCAGAUUCACCGUCUCAAAUGGAUGUGUCAAGUGUCAUAGAGUUAUGCAUAUAACCUUUUGUGGCCAAUUACGUUAUACAAUAUGCUAUUUUUGUUCUGCUCAUGACAUGUGAUAUUGAAUUUAACCUGAAUAGAUGGCUAGCUAGUCUUGUUUUGGAGAAUAUUUAGUGCAGAAUCUUUUAAUUGUAAAUCGUUUUUUAGCAUAUGACUUUGCCAUAGAAGGCUCGUUCUCAUUUGCUUAUAGAGAUGGUGAAAAAGGGAAACGACAUUAUGCAGUAUAGAGAGAGGUUGGAGAAGACCCUUGCCUUAUCUGAUCUGACAAACAACCAGAAACUCAAAACGCUUGUCAAAAGUCAAUUCCAACGUUCUUCUAAAUUAGAAACUGAAGAAUGUAAUGAGAAAGUUGUGGAAACCAGGACAACAGAACUAUGUAACUUUCUUGAUAUGUUGAGAAGUGCUUCCGGAGACAAUAGUGGAGGAUCUAGUACAUCACACCCUGAAUGGAAAUUAAAACAGGAUAAUGAAGAAUUUCGUGUUAUGUAUCGUGAAGGACCAAAAGGAACUCCCUUUCAUACAUUGCUAGUUGAAGGCUAUGUAGAUGGGCCUCUAGAUGUUUCUUUAUGCCUUUCAUGGGAGUCGGUCCUCUACAAGAAAUGGUGGCCUCAGUUUACUAUUCCCAGUUUCAAAGUUCUAGUAGCAGAACGUUUGCAGAGGGUCCAGAUUGGGGAACAAAUAUCACGAGUGAGGAUGAAGGUUCCAUGGCCGCUGUCUGCAAGGGAGGCUAUAGUGCAUUAUUAUCUGUUUGAGUAUUUUCAAGAUGACUUGGUGGUGGUUCUUUUGAAAACGGUCCCUGAGUCGAAGAUCAUUGAUGGUUUCAACAAGGAUGUAAUUCCUGAAGCAAAGGAUGUGGUGAGAAUUGAUGUGGUGGGAGGCUAUGUUAUGCAAAAGGUGACAUCCGAUAGAAGCUAUUUUCGGAUAAUAGCAAAUUUGGAUUUAAAGCUGGAUUUUGUACCUCCAACCCUCAUAAAUUUCAUUUCAAGGCAGGUCAUCGGCAGUGGUUUCAAACUUUAUCAGAAGGCUGUGGCUUCUAUUAUGACGGGCAAUAAUAAAGAUAAAGACAUCAGCAAGGCCUUGGAGGACUCAUUGUAUGUUAGAAUACGCAAAACUCUAUGCAGCAUUAAUGGAUCAAAGGCUAUGGAUGGGGAAGAAGAAGAACUUAAGCAAGAAACAAGCAUUGUUCCUACUGAAGAACUUAUUCAAAGUGAACAAGAUGGGGCAAAAGAUGUGUUCUGUGAGGAUAACAGCAACCAAUGUGCAAAUAAUUAUAAUGGGAAGACUUCAGAUGCAGGUAAUGAAGAAGUUGUAGAUGCACAUUGUGAAGAGAUUGUACAAAUUGGAGAUGUCAACAAGGUACUUGGUGUUCCAAUUGAGGAAGGUGAUUCUUGGAGUGUGCUUAAGGGCAAGGGUAAUGGUGAGAUUGUAGAUGCAGAAAAUGAAGACAUUGUUCAGGCCGAAAAGGGUAUCAACAUUAUUCCAAUAGAUGAAGAUGAUACAAGGAGUGUAAUUAAGGGCAAGAUGAAUGUAUAUGUACGCUCAGAUGUGAGAAAUGCUCUUGAAACUAUAGAGAGGGUUAUUUCAACUGUUCGGGAAUAUGGAUAUCAUUCACUCAGUUCCACUUCACACUCUGCUAAUGGAGACUCACACUGCAUGGAAAAAGGUGGCACAGUUGAUUCAAGUUCUGCAAAACUUAUUCAAGUGUGUUUGAAAAAUGAGGCACGCAGGAACAAAUGGUAACGUAAAGGAAGUAAACUAUAAUAAAGUAGUACCAGCUUCACUAGAGCAGAGUCUUUCAAGACCAAUUGAAGCAAGCCUGGCUGAUUCUUAUUCUUUGAAAAAUGGGACAAUACUGGACCAGACAAUAUGUGAUGACGAACAAUUAAACAGUGAUGCAGUUCAAGAUAUGUCUUCAGAUGACCUGAAAAAGUCAACCAGGGAAAUAAAGUAUCGAUUCUGUUGUUUUAUGCAAUAGCUAAAAGGUUGAGUUGUAUAGAGAUCAUAUGUGUUGGACUAAUUUUGUCCCUUAUUAUUCUACCAGAAAUACAAUGUAUGUAAUGUCAAAUUUUAUUAUUAUCAUUAUUAUUGCUGUUCCAUCUA